GUAUAUGUAGAGAGUGGAACGUUAACUGACAAGUUACGAUAGGCUUAAAAUUUUAGAUCGUUUGUACGUUUGGGAAGAAACGUAAUUUUCUGAAGAAGAAUGCCUGCUAAUUCAGAGGGUACCACACUUUGCCAUCUGGAAGAAACAGAAUAUCAAGCUGAAGAUGGAAGCGUCCUCCUGAAGAACCCACACAUUCACACCCUGGAGGAGGAUAUUCUCUAUCACUUAUCACUUAGCACCCGUACACACAAUCUCCUGGAGAUGUUUGGAGACCUCAAGUUCAUCUGUGUAGGGGGGACAGCCAAGAGGAUGGAAGAUCUUGCUUAUUUAAUUGGACAGAAGUUAGGAGUAAAGUUACCUGCUGGGGUAGUUCUAGAAGACAUAAGUAGCCGAGGUCAGCGUUAUGCUAUGUACAAGAUCGGACCAGUUCUAGCCGUGAGC